AUGGCUUGUGCUGAUGAAGUAGUAACGUUGUUGGAUACGAAGGUGAGCAUGUUUGGGAUGAGAUGCAGAAUAGCCCUGUCUGAAAAGGGCAUUCAGUAUGAAUACAGAGAAGAGUUUCUGCGAAACAAGAGCUCACUUCUUCUCGAAAUGAAUCCGGUUCAUAAGAAAAUCCCUGUUCUGAUUCAUAACGGGACGCCCGUUUGUGAAUCCAUCAUCAUUGUUCAGUACGUAGACGAAGUUUGGCCGACCGAAAAUCCGUUGUUGCCUUGUGAUCCUCAUCAGCGCGCUCAGGCAAGGUUUUGGGCUGACUUCAUCGAUAAAAAGGCUUAUGAUGCUGGAAUUAAUGUGUGGAUCACGAAGGGAGAAGAGCAAGAGAUAGCUAAGAAGAAAUUUAUAGAACUUUAUAAAACUCUGGAAGGGGAGCUUGGAAAUAAGCCUUAUUUUGGAGGGGACAAGUUUGGAUUCUUAGAUGUGGUUUUGAUUCCUUUCUACAGCUGGUUUUAUGCGUACGAAACCCGCGGAAACUUCAAGAUUGAGUCAGAGUGUCCCAAGAUUGUGGCUUGGGCUAAAAGAUGUAUGGAAAGGGAGAGUGUGGCUAAGUCGCUUCCUGAUCCUAAGGAGGUUUUCGAGAUUUAUGAGUCUGUUCUUCGCAGGAAAGGGUUACUUGUGUAA